GAACGACAACCUAUCGAAGCUGAGUAUCCUUUGUCCAAAGGCGGCCAGAAGCUUUGUUACUUUUUUGCCGCAGGACAGGACGGUAGGCAAAGUUGGGCUGUUCCGCGACCUCGAAUGACUGCACCUCCACAUAUCCACGGAUCCACAGGUCAUACAUAUCCACCGAGCUGUGUAGGGAUCAUGGCAUUGUGGACCAGCGUUACUUAGCCAGCCAGCGGCCAGCCAGUCAAAGGAGCGGUGCUCGGCCGACGAAGUCGCGAGAUCCUCCCUGCCAGCUAUCAUGCCGUUACUGCUUCAGUCGUGCAAUCGAGAUGGCCAAUACUCGCCAAUACAUGCCGUCAAAGCAACACUUGGCUAUCUUGCGUGGACAGUGCCACUUCGAGCAAUGUAUUUACAAUUCUUUCUCGUUCAUUCCCCCUUCUUUCUGUGCUACGGUAUGCUCCUUCUCUUCACACGCCCCGGAAAAAAGAAAGUGGUAUGUAGGGCAAGGUUACGGGGGAACGCUUUACCGAGGGAUCUUUCUCUGAACAGGGGUGUCGCAUCAACGGGACGGGGAUAUAUGCGCAUUCGGCCUGGUUUACCACUUAUUCGAGCUCGUAAACGAACACUAAAAUCUUUCAGUAUUGCUACUGUUCAUGCAUUGACAGAAGAGUCCUCUCCUCAUGCGGACAGCAGAAUGCGUCUGUUGCCUGAUUCCCCAGCCUGGUCCGUCCGCCUCCGUUCGUCUCGAUCGGCCACCCAGAAGAGAAAGCAACGGAGAAUCAAGAGAAAAUGGUCACGAGCCACGUAGAC